AUGUCGUCUUUUUUGGACCGGUGGCUCUACAGAGACAACAAGAGCGCGCACAAUGUGGGCACGCGGAAUGGUAACACGGGCUCGUUUUACUCGCAGACGGGCGCCAAGCAGUCGACCCCCUACUACCCAGAGGGGGGGGCUGCGUAUCCGCGGCGGGCGUCGGGCGGCACUGCGCCUAAUUUGCAAAAUGUUCCCUGGUCGUACUACAAGAAUGUGGAGACGCACCGUCGGGGAAGCGCGGGUAGCAUGGAGGCCAUGGGGCCAGUGGAGCCAGUGGAGCGUCUGGACCCCAUGGAGCGCGUGAAGGCUGCGGCGCACGCGGAGGCGCUGGGCGGGGCGGAGAUGCCGGUGGGCGCUACUGCGCAGGUUCGCGCACGGCCUGUUGGGAUGGAUGCUGCGGGCGCAAUACUACCGGAUGUUGUGCGGCGGCCCUCGGGGGCAAGUAGCGUGAGUAGCACUGAGAACGAGUAA